CAGAUGCAGAUGGAUAACGGGACAUCUAACACCCGUGUUCAGAAGCCAUGAAUUCCAGAAGAUUACUCUCAGAAACGCGGAGAACAUUUCCUGCUCCUAAAGUAUACUGCCAGCAGCCAUCACGGAUUCUCAUUGUGGAUGUCACAUCACCUUCCUGGACCAACACUUGUUCUGUCCUCUCUGAAGCUCUGGAAAACACACUCUGUUUGGCAAGCAGCUUGGCAGGCCCCUGCCGUGUUCCCCUGCUGAGCCUCUACGUGGUGCAGAACCAGCAGGAGUGUCUGCUUCCCUUUACGCAAGUGAAAGAAAACUUUGCACGAAUUCAAGCAUGCAUUUCGGAGCUCCGUUCGCUACCGAGAGAAGGCUGUUUCCCCCAGGGAGGAAAUGGAGUGGUACAAGCUGUGCAGGAUGGAUUGCAACAGUUCAAACAAUACAGUAGACACACAGCAGUAGGAGGAUCAACAAACAGUUCUGUUGAGAUCACAAUUUUGACUAGCCACUCCAGCAAAGAAAUGGUAAAGCAGCUGGAAAAGAAGUUAAAAGACGUAGACCUCGUAAGUCUGCGAAGAAUACAAGUCAUCGAGGUUUUGAAGAGAGACUUUCUGGAGCCUGAGGACGUGGAGCAGUGCAUGCCGGCCGAAGAGUCCGGCAGCGGUGAUAUUGCGAUCCUGGGAAUGGACAUCGAUGUGCAAACCACAGAGGACAAUGUCAUCAGCUUGGAGAUGCUGUUUAAAACAUGGCUGCACGACUCCGGCACUGAGAGAGAACACCUCCAUCUCCUCCUUCCGUCAGGAGGCUUCAGCCCUGCCACUGCACCCAGGACCCCUCUAA